CUGAAUGGAUUGGUUGGAUGAGCUUAUCCAUUUAUUUAUUGUUUUUGCUUUGAGGAGAGGAAAACCCUUUUUGCCAAUUAAUUUGGAGUGACGAAGGAGGAGUGUAUCAUUUUCUUUUUCAUUUUCUUUUUUUUUUUUCCUCAGCAGUGAGGAAUAAAUAACCCACUUUCUGUGCGCAUCUCGCUCCUGAAUCGAGGUUUCCCAUAAAUGCAGCUUUGGUCCACAAUCCGCCCCCUGCGCACAGAGAGAGAGAGAGAGAGAGAGAGAGCGCUCCUCCUCCUCCUCCUCCUCCUCCUCCUCCGUCUCUUCCCACCACUCAUCCAAAAAAGCCAACGUAAGACGGGUCUUCUUCACGGAGAGAACUCCUCUCAUCCUCAUCAUCAGAUCUCCUCCUCGCUUUAGAAUGGAAACUGAAUUAAAGCAGCUGUGGUUCGUCCGUCUCCGGUCACGCUUUUAAAGAAAUAACCCAAAACCCCGCACGACUUGUAACUAAACUGCUCUGGAAGAAAGAAGGUCGUGUUUUCUUUGGAUGGAGACAUUUGGAUCAAUGGUGAAUGAGCUGAAGUCAAGCUGGUUGUGAAGGUGCUGGACUUGUUCCCCCUACACCCCUAGCUGGACACAGCAUGGCGGCGGGAGUAGCGGCAUGGCUUCCCUUCGCCCGGGCGGCGGCCAUCGGCUGGAUGCCCGUGGCCAAUUUGCCCAUGCCAGUGGCGCCCCCUGAGAAGAACAAGCGUUCGGAUGAGAUGAUCAUUCUUAAUGUCAGUGGACGGCGCUUCGAGACCUGGAGGAACACGCUGGACCGCUAUCCAGACACCCUGCUGGGGAGCUCGGAGAAGGAGUUCUUCUACAACGAGGAGACCAAAGAGUACUUCUUCGACCGGGACCCCGACGUGUUCCGCAGCGUGCUCAACUUCUACCGCACGGGCAAGCUCCACUAUCCACGCUACGAGUGCAUCUCCUCCUACGACGAGGAGCUGGCGUUCUUCGGCAUCAUCUCGGAGAUCAUCGGUGACUGCUGCUACGAAGAGUACAAGGACAGGAAGCGGGAGAACGCAGAGCGCCUGCAGGAUGACCAGGAGGACAACAAGGACGCUAAGCUGCCCAACAUGACCUUCAGGGAGACCAUGUGGCGGGCUUUCGAGAACCCCCAUACUUCCACCAUGGCUCUUGUCUUUUACUACGUCACUGGCUUCUUCAUCGCCAUCUCCGUCAUCACCAACGUGGUGGAGACGGUGCCCUGCGGCACGUCGCCCAACCAGAAGGAGGUGCCAUGCGGUGAGCGCUACACCGUGGCCUUUUUCUGCAUGGACACGGCCUGCGUCAUGAUCUUCACCGUGGAGUACCUGAUGCGCUUGUACGCCGCGCCCAACCGCUACCGCUUCAUGCGGUCCGUCAUGAGCAUCAUCGACGUGGUGGCCAUCUUGCCCUACUACAUCGGCCUGGUGAUGACUGACAACGAGGACGUGAGCGGCGCCUUCGUGACACUCCGCGUUUUCCGCGUGUUCCGCAUUUUUAAGUUCUCCCGCCACUCGCAGGGCCUGCGCAUCCUGGGCUACACGCUGAAGAGCUGUGCCUCGGAGCUGGGCUUCCUGCUCUUCUCCCUCACUAUGGCCAUAAUUAUCUUUGCUACCGUCAUGUUCUACGCAGAGAAGGGUUCAAGCUCCAGCAAAUUCACCAGCAUCCCAGCCUCCUUCUGGUACACCAUCGUUACUAUGACAACGCUCGGGUACGGAGACAUGGUUCCUAAGACGAUUGCGGGGAAGAUCUUUGGCUCAAUCUGCUCUCUGAGUGGGGUGCUGGUAAUUGCCCUGCCUGUCCCUGUCAUCGUGUCCAACUUUAGCCGCAUCUAUCACCAGAACCAGAGAGCAGACAAGCGGCGGGCGCAGAAAGUACAGAAAGCCCGCUUGGCCAGGAUACGAAUAUCCAAACAGGGAAGCUCCAACGCCUUCCUCCACAGCAAGCGCAACGGCCUGUUCAACGAAGCUCUGGAGUUCACGCAACUUCCAUACAAGAUGAACCUUUCAGAUCAGAGUUCCACCGAGGAGGAGCAGCGGUUAAGCAAGUCCACCUCUCUACUAGAGAGCCAGCACCACCACCUGCUGCACUGUCUGGAGAAAACCACUAACCACGAGUUUGUGGACGAGCAGUAUUACCAGCAGAGCUACCUGGAGGCAGGGCUGCAGAAUUACCCUUCUCGAAGUCCUUCCCUCAACAGCCAAGAUGGAGUGACGGGCACAUGCUGCACCCGCCGAAGCAAGAAGCACCACACCCCUUUACCGAAUGCCAGUGCCCCGGCACACAUGCAGCCUUUGACACAUGCACACAAGCACCAACAAUGCUUGCAGGAGCUCAGCACCAUCCACAUCCAGCCCCUCAGCACCAGCCGCUCCAGUCUGAACAUGCGCGUAGACGAGCCAGCAUCCCUCAACUGCCAGAGCAGCCAGAUCACCACAGCAAUCAUCAGCAUCCCCACACCUCCAGUGACGACCCCUGAGGGCGAUGCUCACCUGCCCGCAGGUCCCAUCCACCAGAACGUUGUGAAGGUGUCCGCACUGUGAAGAAUAGAGUGCAGGCGCAACGCACAGAAAGACAGAUAAAGACUCAAAGAGACAGACUGAGGGACAGAGGAGGACUGGGAAUGAUGGAAGAGAAAGGCAUUCAGAGUCCUAGUCUGGCCGUGGUGGAGCCUGUCCUCUGCUGGUCAUGUACUGUAACGACAUGGACUCCCUGUACAGUCAGAGGAUGGCUUUUAGAUACAGUGUGUUCAUGUUAGUGGUUGGUUGGCACGCAUGUGUGGGAGUGUGUGUGGGUGAAAGAGUGGAGAACAUGUGUAGGGAGUCAUUUUAGAUGGCGCGUGACUGUGUGCCUCCCAAGUGUCUGAGAUGUGUCACUGUGCACAAAGCACCUUUUUUUUGAUUUUCGCUUCAGUUUGAAUCUUAUGGUCUGUUUUUAAGCAGGAUAUAUAAGGGAAAAAGAAGGAAAACAAGACAUUAUCAAAACGUCUUUCCACAGAUUUAACCCUUGCCCUUUUGUUUUGUGUCAUUUUGGUCCACUCAACCUGUUGAUAGAUAAAUAUGCCGCCAUUCUUUUUCAGGUCCACUUGAGUGAAAAAUCCUUUAAAAGAUGAAACAUGGUAGGUGUGUGAUGUGAUGGCGUUACCAAUGAGUUUCAUAUUUAUGAAUGAGUGUAUGUGACUUUUUGCUAGAUAGAGGAAUCGUGAUGUUUUGGAAUUAGGAGGUAUGUGCCUGUGAGUAUGAAUGUGUGAGGAUGUGUUUGUCUCAGUCGAUUGAAAACGUGUGUUUCAAUUCUUCUGGAAGUCCAUAUGGCUCAGUAUAUGGUAUAUUUGACUAGCUGCCACUCUGAAGAGUUCGUUGUACACAUUUCUGCCAGAAAUUCUCAGCUACAGGCCUUUUUACACAAUAUGUGCCUGUUGCUGGAGUAUAAAGAGAUUUAUUUGUUUUUAUAGUUUUCUGAUCCCUGUUCUUUUCCCCCAUUUCGGCUGCUACAGCCCGACAGACCUCAAAUAACUCAAUUCUAUAAACAAAGAAACCAAAAAAAAAAGUACAUUUUGAAAUCAAAUCACCACUAUUUAAAAGCACAAGGCGUUUGCUGAGAAUUUCUGACACAAAUCUGUCCUGAGCCCCGGGUUCUUUGUGAAUAUUGUUAAUAGAAUAUUUUGUAAUAUUUGACCAUCGUUUGGCAGAACCAGUGAAGCUGUCUUCUCGUUCUCUUCUCUUUCUCCCUCAGUCUGUCUUUUCUCUCUCUUGUUGUUAUCCUGUUGUAUCCCUACCUCCUGUGUGAACAACAGUAUGCUUUCAGUAGUCUUUAUAGCUGUCAACGUUUUUUCUUCCCUAAACUCAGCGGGCAUUUUUUCAAAGUUGUUGAGUAUGUGUACUCUAUGUGGUUAGGAAACUUGGUGUUUGUACUUUUUGUCCUCCUUGGUGUUUCAAAAGGAUUUUAUUUACUUUAUCUCCUGGAGAACUUAAAGCAGGGCAGUCUGCUGUAACGGUGACCACAGAGACACAGUCGGAAGACACUGGAUGAGCCUUCCACAGAUCUCUGUCACCAAAAUAUGUGCUAUUCUGUCUCUCAACUCACAGUCCUGACAUGUAAGUAUUACUUAUCAUCAAAGUUGACCUUUGUAACUAUGGACGGCGACCUUUUUAGCUCUGCUAACCUCCUAGCUGAUGCCUCCCUGUUGGCCUUUUUUCAUCUUGAAUGUCAUUGUGAGUCCAACAGCUACACAGCGAGGUCUGUCUUUAGGUGGACGAUGAGACCACUGAUGGGGUUUCUCCAAUGCAGGGCAGAGCAGCUUCAGUCACAGCAGACUAAGCGUCCACUUCUGCUCCGCAUAGAUGAAAUCAAAGGUUGAUCAAGAGCACACGGACAAGGCUAGAGAUGCAUUAAUAUAUCAGCUUACUGUCCAUAUCAGCCAAGAGCAUAUUUCAAAAGCAAUACUGGAUUUGGACUAAUAUCACGUCUGCCCGUAUGUAGUUGUCAAACAGGUUUUUUUUUCUGUAGAAGUAGACUAACAACUAGCAGCAAAACGUAUAGUCUUUUUUUAAAAAGUAUUUAAUUACCUUAAUAUGGAGACAUCUGAAAAGCGUAACCAGUUUUACACAUGCAUUUGUACUAAGACUUACAAAAAAACACAUAAGAUUAUCAUCAUAUCAGCCAAUAUGAGUGGAACUAUAAGGCAUAAUUGGUACCAUAUCAGUGCAUCACUACACAAGGUCCCUUAGACUCCUCUGUUGUGCUUUAGUUCCCUCUGAUCCUGAGGUUAGUACCCGCCCCCUCCC